AUGUCUCUACUACAGAACUUGACUUACAGAGAGUAUCAACAUGCUUUAGAAUUUACUUUACAUCGUUGUGAAAUAAUAGGAAGAUUGGCCAACAUGAAAAUACCAUACACAAACACCACGAAACCUGGCGAGACCUUAGUAAAAGCACUUGACCGUGCUGGAUUUUCUGCAGCUGCAUUUAGAAAACUAGUCGCAGAUUCUGCCAAAGUAAAAACUAUUACUACAUAUUACAAACCUAAAGCAAAGAUUGCCAUUCUAGUAGCCAACGAUAGAUAUACACAUUUAUCUAGAUUGGCAACUCCGUCAAUAGACUGUGACUCUCUAGCAACUCUGCUGAAAAAUGCUGGGUUCAUCACUAUUAAGAUAAAGAAUACUACAGGCGCACAAUUGAAACUUAUUCUGGCUAAGAUCUUUGACCUGGUUGAAGCGGAUACUUAUUGCUUCUUCUUCUACGCAGGUCAUGGUUGUCAACUAUGCAAUACAAAAUGCAUGUUAGGUAUCGACUGCCCAACAGAAAAUAUCGGCUUGGAACAUUGCGUUACUGAGAACUUUGUUCUUAAUGCAAUGACCAAGCGGAAACCUGAACUGGGGAUGCUUAUCAUGGAUAUGUGCUGCGUAUGUUUGGAUCGCAACGUCCACCCCAACAUCUUCGCUUCAAUCAACACCAUUGAAGAGUACACUGUACACAAGAAUUUACUCAUAGCAUAUUCAAGCCAGUCUUCGCAAAAUGCUUAUGAAGAACUUCAGAUCGAAUGCUCAACUACCAUCAACAACGAUCAGACCUACGAGCUGAAGACUGGCGAUACGGAUAAAAUUGUACCAGGAGCUAGCCAAUACGUAAAUUCUUUGUGUACAAGGAUAGAUGAGGACUUGGACGCAAAUACGUUGCUAGAUAAAGUACACGAAGAUGUUGAAAAAUCAGUUAAGAAGCAAAAACCCACGAAAGUGCAGUGCGGUGUCGAUAAAAGAUCAUUGUAUGAUCCUCCAAUAGGUGACACACAAGCACUGCUUAGUAGAUUAAGAGAAGCCACCCAGGAAUAUAAAGACAAUUGCGUAGUCUAUUAA